UUUUGCUUUUUUUAAGAUAUUUUUAAAAAAUUUCAUUUUAAAAUAUGACGAUCAACCUUAUUGUAAUAUAUGUUGUAGAUUAUUUGUCUCCUAUCCGUUUCGUAUGCAGAAUGAGUUCAUCAAUUAAAGAAGAUAAUGAUAUUGUUUUCAUUGCAAAAACUAAGAGUGCAAUCGAUGAAGUAUUGGCUUUGUUACGUACUUAUCAUGAUAUAAUCAAUAGCCAUUUAAAUGAAUAUAUAGUUAAAAAUUUAAGCUUGCAAAUUGACAUUGACGGCUCCUCUUCUAAAGAUAUUUUUGUUAAAAAAUGUCAAAGUAUUGGAGAAAUCGGAUGUUGCUACCAUGCUGGUGUCAAUUGUAUCGAAUGUUGUUCUGAAAAUAAAUUAAAAAAUGAUAAAAUUGAUAAAAAUUUUAAAAUAAUAAAAAAACAACAACAUAAUAGUUUUUUAAGUGAAAAGAAACAUCAUGAAGUAGAGUAUUUAGCUAACAUUGUGAAUCAAAUUGCUAUUAAAACUAAAUGCGAAAACAUUGUUGACUUUGGUUCUGGAAAAGGUUAUCUUGGGUAUGAGCUAGUGUACAACUAUGGAUUAAAUGUGUUAGGAGUCGAAAGUAGUAUGAAAAAUGUGGUUUCUUCAGAAAAAAGGAAAAAAAUGUUGAGUAAACAUCAAAUAGAAGACAAGAUUUUAAAAAGUAUUGCAUGUCACAUACACCCUGAUUUAAUAGAUUCAUCUGAAUCAUUUAUUGAAGACUUAAAAAAUAAUUUUUUGUCUCCAACUAUGAAUAAUGCAUUACUUGUUGGUUUACAUUCAUGCGGUAAUUUGACAUGCACUGCACUUAAACUGUUUUCAAAAGAAAACUACUUUCAUGGUGUUGUAAUGAUAGGCUGCUGUCACAACCUACUUGAAAAUAAGAAAGAUUUUCCAAUGAGUGACUAUUUAAACCAAUGCUCUGUAUCUCUUGAAAGAAACGCAUUUAUGUUGGCUUGUCAGUGCCCAAUCCGAUGGAACUCUGAAAAACAGACAUUGUCAAAGUCAGUACUGUACAGAGCAAUAUUAGAGAAAAUUUUUGAAGAUUAUCAAAUUGACAGAUCAAAUUUGAAAGCUGUUCAAUUUCGUAAUUUGGGCCAAAAAUCAUCUACUUUCAAAGAAUAUGUACUUUUGGUUAAUGACAAGUUACAAACAAAAGGUGUCUGUUUUAAGGUUGAAGAAGAACAAAUUGAAAAAUAUUGGGACAAGUAUAAAGGAUUCUGGGAAGGAAUGAAAGAAUAUCAUAUGGUAAGAAUGCAACUUGCACCAAGUAUUGAAAAACUUAUUCUUCUUGACAGAUUGCUUUAUCUUAUUGAAAAGGGUUUCACGAAAAGCGGUAUCGUUCGUUUGUUUUCUCCCGUAAUAUCUCCACGAUGCUAUGCAAUCAUCUCCUUACGUUGAUACUCAACGACGAUCAUUAUAUAAAAGAAGAUUAGUUGUGAUAAUGACGAUUAAAAUCAAAGAUGUUGCAAUGUCUUACAUUGAUAAGCUGUCUUAAAAAAUGAAUGUGAUGAAAGUAAAAGAAUAUCUAAAAAAAUGUAUGUGUAA